UUUGAAAUGGCGGGAACCAAAGAAUUCGCCUUGUUGAGUGUGUCAAACAAGGUUGGUUUGGUGCCGUUUGCUCGUCGUCUCUCAGAGCUUGGCGUCCGUCUUGCCGCCAGUGGCGGAACAGCCAAUAAGAUACGCGAAGAUGGCGUUCCUGUCAUUGACGUAGCAGAGUUGACUGGUCAACCGGAAAUGCUGGGAGGAAGAGUGAAGACACUGCAUCCUGCUAUUCAUGCAGGCAUUCUAGCACGAAAGACACCAUCUGAUGAAGAAGAUAUGAAGAAGCAAGGAUUCAGUUACAUCAAACUCGUCGUAUGCAACCUCUACCCAUUUGAGGAAACAAUCGCAAAGCAGGACAUCACAAUAGCAGAUGCUGUUGAAAACAUUGAUAUCGGUGGUGUUGCUUUGUUGCGGGCGGCCGCUAAGAAUCACGAUCGUGUGACUGUCGUGUGUGACCCUCGUGACUACGAUGCAGUCAUUGACGAGAUGGCAUCAAACGCAGAUAGAGACACAACCACAAAGACGCGCCAAUCACUAGCAGUCAAGGCAUUUGUUCAUACUGCCAGUUAUGAUGAGAUGAUAUCAGACUAUUUUCGGAAACAAUAUUCUCAAGGUAAUAGUCAUUUGCCAUUGCGUUAUGGCAUGAAUCCUCAUCAGUCACCAGCACAGUUGUUUACUAUUGAUUCUUCACUGCCAUUGAGAGUUUGGAAUGGCUCGCCUGGCUUUAUUAAUCUACUUGAUGCAUUGAAUGCAUGGCAGCUUGUCAAGGAAUUGAAACAAGCGUUGAGUCUUCCUGCUGCAGCAUCAUUCAAACAUGUUAGCCCAGCAGGAGCUGCAGUUGCUGUUCCUCUCACUGAUGAACAAGCGAAGCUCUGCAUGGUAUCUGAUAUGCAACAAACUCUUUCACCACUUGCUACUGCGUAUGCGAGAGCGAGAGGAGCCGAUCGUAUGUCGUCGUUUGGAGAUUUCAUUGCUUUAUCAGACGUGUGUGACCUCUCAACAGCACAAAUCAUUAGCAAGGAGGUGUCUGAUGGUGUGAUUGCUCCGGGUUACGAGGAGGCUGCACUUGAAGUUUUUCGGAAGAAGAAAGGUGGCAAGUACUGCGUUCUUGAGAUUGAUCCAACGUUUACGCCACAUGAAAUGGAGACGAGGACUCUGUUUGGUCUUCAACUACAACAACGUCGCAACAAUGCAGUCGUAGACAAAUCAUUUUUCAGCAACAUAGUGACCAAACACAAGGAUUUGCCGGACGACGCUGUGCGUGAUCUCAUUGUGGCUACGAUUGCAGUGAAGUAUUCGCAGUCAAAUAGCGUGUGUUAUGCGAGAGACGGACAGGUAAUUGGACUCGGUGCCGGUCAGCAAUCCAGAAUCCAUUGCACUCGCCUAGCGGGAGAGAAGGCACAAAACUGGUGGAUGAGACAACAUCCUCGAGUGUUGGGUAUGCAGUUUGCAAAGGGCAAGAAACGUGCAGAAAUGUCAAAUGCAAUUGACUCGUUCGUGACAGGAGUGGUCGGGCAGGAUGUGCCAGCAGACGAUUGGAAGGCCACGUUUGUUACUCCUCCUGAGCCAUUCACUGAUGAAGAGAGGAGGGAAUGGUUAUCCCAGCUGAAGGGAGUCUCCCUGAGCUCUGAUGCUUUCUUUCCAUUUAGAGACAAUAUCGACAGAGCUUACCAAAAUGGUGUCCAGUAUGUUGCCGCUCCUGGCGGAUCAGCUCAAGACGCGGCAGUAAUCAGUGCAGCGAAUGACCACAACAUGACCCUCAUCCACACCAACACUCGUCUAUUUCACCACUAGAGAGUGCACGAGUGACACUCACAGUACAAACAACCAGCACAACUGACACAAACCUAUCUAUAACAGACGAUGCAUAUUUCGUAAAUCUAUCGCAAAGUUGUAUGUGUCCGUGUUUGUCCAUGCUUUAUAAAGAGCGUCUAAAUACAGCAAUGAG